AUGGUCGCUGGCCACCGCAAAGAGAAACACAAACAAUCUCUGACAGUGUCCCAGCGUUCCUCACUAGCCACAUAUGUAGAAGAAAACAAGAUCUAUCACCGGCAAGAGCAAGUCAUAAUCCCCGGUUCUGGAGGACCUCCCGUCCAGCUCAUUGCCUCUCCCCGCAAAGCAUUCUUAUGUUUGAGUUCCCCAGACUGCGAUUGUGUGGUUUGCGACAAGGCCACCAUGCAAAAACAUGCUAAAAAUGUCCAUUCUCAAAGCAGUAAGGAUCUUCUACGAUGCAAAGAAAUUCAUGCGCAGCAGCUCUUUGAUUCUGUGGGAAGAACUUACUUCAUGGUGGAUCCCAAUGAUUCCCUCCAGAACAAGGACCUGGCAAAAGUGCUCAACGACACAUUUGUUCCCUCGCUCUACGUUCCAGUAGUACAGCCGUCCUUGUCGCCUGAAGAGCGAAGGCCCCUCAUCAAGGCCAUGUCCUGGGAUGUAUUCAUGCCAAAUCUCCGUUCUGAUCCAGCUCAGGUUAAGGCGAUCCAAAAGCUGAAGGAGAAGCACAGCCCUGCAGAAUGCCAUGGUGUGUUGUCCGCCUUGAAGGAUUUGAUGCAGGCGCACAUGGACAUGGCUGCUACCAUCCUGGAUGGAAAUCCCCACAAGCUGACGCUGGCCAAGGCCCUCUUGAACGGCAGCAAUGUGACGGACAAAUCAGUUUACUGGGUUCCGAUCUCUGAUAACAAUACUUCCUACUGCGAUACGAUCGUCCAGUUUCUUCGGGCGAUUGUCAGGCUUCGUUUCCAGAACGAUCAUCCCUCAAAGUUCAGUUUUCAGCUUGAUCCCGCUCAGGAACAAACCUUGGUCGCCCUUAUAACGCAUAUGAACGACUCUAACAAUUCUCUGGAUGAGACAGCCAUCACCAGGUUGCACGAGUUUUUGUGGUCUUUGAUGAAUGCAGAAAGUUUUCAUAAGGGCGAGCCCUGGGAAAACGUUAUCCAGCGUUUUAUUUGGUUGAGGGCGCUGCGGCAAGAUGGGAACUUCUAUGAAGCCACUGACUACACCCCGGACCUCGCGAAGUUGAAAUACUUCCUCAACAGUACGUGCAUCGUCCAUGCGCUAUGGUAUCAGAAGGGGGAUGAAGUGGACGAACUCGAACGAGUCAUUGCGGUACACGACGAGGUCUUGCGUGUGGGACGCCUUACAACAUUUAACAUGGUCCAUGAAUAUCAGCAAUAUGCCUCGGCAUUGGCAUUCGGUCAGAAACGCGAGCCAAAAGUCUAUGUCGAUCCCCAGUUUUCCUGGUUUUCCAUUGGAACGGAGACCAUGAACCUCUCCAACUUUCGCCAAGGGAUUCAAAUCCUCCUGCAAAAGGGGACAUUCCUUUGCGAUGCACGAGAGAGCUUCCACCCACUAAGACUCAAGCUAUUCCGCGACCUGGUGGAGAAACAUCACCUCGCUAUGUUGGACGGGAGCGGUGUGCUUUCUUGGGAUAUACCAGCUGUAAAAGACAUCCUACGCCAAAGCGGGGAGGUAUGGAAGCCCCUGUAUCAUCUUCUAUACGUAACCUCGCAAAUAUCCACGCGAUCAGUCCAGUUCUUACAGCACCAUAUCUCUAACGCCGAUCGGCACCGGAAUAUCUUUGUCGAGGCUCAGGAAGUUUUCUUCUUGUCCGGCUACAGCAAGACCACCCACAUCACGGACCGAGAUUCCUGCACUCCCGCCUUUGUCAACCCCAAGGUGGCAAGAUGGUUGGUAGAAUUCCUUGCUGGAGGGCUUAGAGAAGCAGAGUCUAUUCUGGCACAGGUGGCAUAUGGAGACUCAGCACAGCACGAUUAUAAAACCUUCUUGGUCUUGGACAACGGCAGUAGGAUCAACAAAGAUCAGUGGUAUGCCGUCUUUAAGCAGACGAACAGAGAGGUUUUCCAAUGUGCUUGGGGCGUCCGUGACUUCCGACAAGGUGCCAUCGCCAUGGCCAGGGAAUUCAUCUCCGCCAAACAUGCAUUCUCUCUAGCAGACGACCUACUGGCGGAGGGCGCAGAUCACUCGACUGAAAUAGACCAUUCCCACUAUAGGAACCUCCGCGAGUCCAUUCCUGAACUGUCAAAUAAUUCUGUGGAGAAGCAUCGCUGGUUGGGAAAGGAGUAG